GUGUCUGAUAUGGGGCUGGCCCGUGUCACAGGUGUAGAUGCGUCCUAUGUGAAAGAGGGCGAUGCAAUGCUGCCGUUGCGCUGGAUGCCGCCCGAGUCCAUCAUCAACAACCUGUACACAGAAAAGAGUGAUGUGUGGUCCUAUGGUAUCACCCUGUGGGAGAUAUUCACGGAUGGCGCCAUGCCGUACAGGGAAAUCAAAACGCACGAACUCAUGACCAUCCUGGAGGGCGGAUUCCGGUUGCAAAAGCCGGCGUCUUGCCCACAGGCCGUGUAUGAGAUUAUGCUCAUGUGCUGGGAAUGGGAUGCGAGCAGUAGACCCACUUUCGCUGAGCUGGUGACCAAAGUGGAAGGGUUGAUGCAGCACGAGGACUUGUUGCUG